AUGGACGGGCACUGGUACCGGGCACAAGUUCGAGGAUUCGCACCGCGAGAUCGCGUACGAGUUGCUUGGUGCAGCCGGCCUGAGCAUGACGAUAGCCUUGAAUAUGUGCAGAUGCGCGAGACGGAGACGGAUGGUGAGCUCUUCACUGAGCUGAGCAGCUACUCGGUGAUGCGCGUGGACGCAAGCAUUCGGAGGCCUCCUCCCAGCCCGCUGGACCAGGUGAUGUCCGAGGCACUGUGCAAUCAGUCCCUCCAGAUUGUGGAGCACCACAGCCAGCUUUUUCGACGUCUGAGACAUGUAGGCAAGCAGCUGGACGUCCACUUGGAGUGGGGCUCGGCGACAUCAGGUGGUGCAACUGCAACGGCCGACGGCGAAGCGGUCUGGCGGUAUGUCCCAGAGGAUGGAAAUCACAUCGACAUCCGAUCUGUGCCGUCGAUCUCCGGGAACAGGACGCACGAGCGUCUGGUGGCUGGCGAGGUUUUCAGGGUGUCAGAGACAUUUGAGGGCUCGGACGGAACCUUGUAUCUCAAGCUGGCAGACGGUCGCGGCUGGGUGUUUGACAGCAAGGCGGGCAUUGGGACUCUCUGUGUUCGGUGCCAGAGCGACAGUGAAGAGGAGUCGCAGUCCGACGGGCUUGGUCCAACUGAACAGCCGCUCAGUGGCACUGCUGAGACCCUGUCUGCUUGGCGCGUGGAGAUCGAAGAAAGGGCCGAGUACCUCGGAACCUUUGCCUCCGAAUGCGAGGAAGAAGUGCACACCUUCGAAGGGCAGAUCUCGUCGAGCACGGCGGCGAUGAAAGUCGAGUUGGAGGCCCUCCAAGCCGAGCGCGCUUCGGUGGCCCGGCGGGCAGACGGGCUCCGGAUGCAACGCGAGGAGCUGCUUGCGCAGCUUUUGGCAGUGGAGGAGGAGCUUAAAGGUGUGGAGUCGGCUGAUGCGGAACUGGAUUCCCGAGAGUCGCAGCUGAAAAGCAGCAUGGGCCGCGUGUCCAAAGCCUUGUCAACUCAGCGGGAAGCUUCGCAGGAGAACGGCCUUGUGGCUGCUUGCCGACACCGAGUCCUUCUUGGAACAGUGGCGGCAUCACGACAGGUCGAGGAGCUUGUUGCUCAGCGCGCUGCGGCAGCAGCGGACAGCACACACCCGGGCAAGAAGCUCUCCGCACAGCAGAAGAAGGUCAGGUCUGCAACUCUGGAGAGUGACAAGACAAGAUACAGGGAGCUGCAAGAUCUCAUAUCGAGCUGGCAAGACCAGAUCUGGGGACCGGGCAGCGGAGCCCUUGUCUCCAACACCGCGGCUGCCGCUGCACUGCAAGCGGCGCAUCUACAGGCUGUCAGCCUUGUGGAGGAUGCACAGAAAGAGGCGGAUGAGAUUGCAGCUGCUGAGUGCGGCAAUCUGGGUCUGGAAGGAUUAUGGGGCCUGGCAUCGCCGUUCGCCAAGUCUUCCAUCCGGCGGCAGAUGAGCCGAUCUGCAGCGGGAUACAAAGUAAUGCGUGAGCAGCUUUGUGAGAACCUGGAGCGCCUUGGAGAGCUGCAGUGUGCUGCAACUGUACGAACCCGCUGCGGCUCGUUGACCUCGGCGUCAACGGGCCAUCAUGGCUUCGGCUUCAGCGAAGGCUGGGUCUUCCUGUCCCUCUCGUCCUCUCGACGUACAGAGUGA